UAUCCGGAACAUGUCAACAGUGCACAUCUAGCGAGACUUCUGUGCACAAUUUGAAUGUAUUUUCCCAGCCAAUUUAAUUUCAACUACUUAAGCGGAUCUUUCAGCAGAGCUGCGGGUCAACCGGGAAGGCGCCGUGAGCAUGGCGGACCGGGAGGAGAGGCGCUUCGCCGAGGUGCCCAGGGAGUCUGUCAAACUCAUGGCGGAAAGUGCUGGAGUGGAGCUCACAGACGACGUGGCUGCCCUUCUGGCUGAGGAUGUGUGCUAUCGGCUUAGGGAAGCCACACAGAGUAGCUCCCAGUUCAUGAGGCAUGCAAAGAGGAGAAAACUGACCGUUGAAGACUUCAACAGAGCACUGCGUUGGAGCAAUGUGGAGGCUAUUUGUGGCUAUGGUGCCCAAGACUCCUUACCAUUUCGUCCCAUCAAGGAAGGGGAACUGUUCUUUGUGGAGGACCGUGACAUCAAUCUGGUGGAACUGGCUCUGGCCACCAACAUACCUAAGGGUUGUGCAGAGACCAUGGUUAGAGUGAAUGUGUCUUACCUGGAUGGGAAAGGCAACCUGGAGCCACAAGGAACUGUCCCCAGUGCAGUGCAGACUCUCUCGGAUGACUUGCUGAAGUAUUACCAACAGAUCACUCGUGCUAUCCUCGGAGAGGACCCUCACCUCAUGAAGGUGGCUCUGCUGGAUCUCCAGUCCAACUCCAAAAUCGCCGCCCUUCUGCCGUAUUUUGUCUACGUCAUUAGCGGGGUGAAGUCGGUGAGCCAUGACCUGGAGCAGCUGAACAGGCUGCUGCACAUGGUGAAGAGCCUAGUCCAGAACCCCUACCUGUACCUGGGCUCCUACGUGCGCAGCCUGGUGUCCAGCGUCAUGUACUGCAUCCUGGAGCCCCUGGCUGCCUCCAUCAACCCCCUGAACGACCACUGGACCCUGCGCGACUACGCCGCCAUGCUCCUCAGCCACAUCUUCUGGACCCAUGGAGACCUUGUGAGCGGUCUGUACCACCAGAUCCUGCUGUCCCUCCAGAAGGUUCUGUCCGACCCGGUCCGCCCCCUGUGCUCCCACUACGGGGCAGUGGUGGGGCUCCAUGGCCUUGGCUGGAAGGCUGUUGAGCGGGUGCUCUAUCCCCACCUACCUGCGUACUGGGCAAACCUGCAGGCUGUACUGGAUGAUUACUCUGUGUCCAAUGCCCAGGUCAAAGCAGACGGACACAAGGUCUAUGGAGCCAUCCUGGUGGCAGUGGAGCGUCUUCUGAAGAUGAAGGCCUUGUCCCUAUCGCAGUCUGCAGACACGGCACAGCCAGGCUCCGGUGGUGGGAUGGGCUUCAGGGUGAACUCCCCUGGGCUCAGCCCCCCUCCCGAGCCCCUCUCAGAGCCCGCCCUGGGCAUCGCCAGCCACCUCCAGGCCGGCGGGGCGGGGUGCCCCUGGGAGGAGUGGACGGCUGUGCCCCUGCCCGCCAUGUACGGAGAGCUGUACUCCUUCUUCGGGGACAGUCUGGCGGUCCGGUUCAGCACCGGACCAGAGCUGGGAGGGUGCCCGCCUUCGCCCCCGGCCCUGUCUGCCGACACGAGGAAAGAGCCGUCCGGUUCAGCGGCCGACCCGGACACCGCCCGCAAGAUGCCGCAGCUGACGGCCAACCUGAACAUCAGCCCGCGCCAGGAUGGCAGUCCUCGGGCGGAGCCGGCUCCACCCAGCCUGGCUGCCCCUGGGAGGUCCCUGGCUCGCUCCUCCUCCUCCUCCUCAGUCCAGCGUUCCCGCUCCUCUUCCUCCAGGCCAGGCCAGCGCUCUGCGGGGCUGUCCCGCGACGUCUUCCCCAAAGCCCGCUUCCCCCCGCCCCAGGCCGGGCCCCCUGCCUUCUCCUUCCUCAUUGGUGGACGGCAGAUGGGCCGCCGUUGCCAGGGGCGACGUUUCCAGACCAGCUUCAGCCCCCAGCCCCUGUCCACCGUGCCGCCUCGCGCCUACGCCCACAAACUUCCUGUCAUCGGCAGGGUGGGCAAGCCCGUCCGCCGCUGGGCCUGUUCCCAUUACUCCCUCCACCUGCCCCUCUGAGCUCUGAGAGAGGUGAGAGGUGGUUGGAGAGGGGGGAAAUGGAAUUUGGCCAAGCUGCUACUCGGCAGUUUGUUGUUGACUCAUGCCCUUUUAUACUGACACUGAAACCAAGAGACGGCCCGUAAGCCAAUAGCUCAGUUUCUGAGAAGAGAACCCUUUGUCCCAAGGAGGUAUGGAAGGAGACGAAUAUGUUUCAAUAUUGGAAUUAGGCCCAGUGGGUGGAAUUGCAGUUGGCAAGGAAAAUACUUUAAAGCUCAACUUCAACAUUAUCUUGACAAUUAUUUUGCUAUCACGUGUAUGUAAAAUCCUGUACAUAUUCCAUUUCAUGGAAUAAAAAGUGCUACAAUAUCACUA